AUGACGCCCGAUGCUACGACAUAUGUUGGAACCAUCUAUGAGUACACCGUUUUUGCCGCUCUCUCGGCUCUUCGCAUGAAGCUUGGACGUUGCGGUAUGCCGGGCGACCGUGGCAUAGACUUACGUGGGACCUGGGAUAUACCAGGUCUCCCUAAAGAAGACCCAAACUCAUCCGGAAUACCAAUUGUUGUUUCGUGUAAGGCUCAUAAACUUACAUCCGGUCCUGUACAAAUUCGCGAGUUGGAGGGGGCUUUAGGAUCAUCAAGUCAGGAUACAAUUGGGAUAUUGGCCACUAUAUCAUCUUGCACUCGUGGCGCCAUAAGUCAAAUGCUUUUGUCCAGGCGACCCUUGGCAUAUUGUUACGUCAAACCGUAUGCGGAUGGAGGUCAAUUGCAGCAGUUUGUCUGGAAUUCAGCAGCUGGUAUACUUUUACAAGGGCUGGAGGCGAAAAUGAGAUACUCCGUCGGGAAGGGGGAGGAAAUAAAAGGGGAAAUGGUCCUUACAUUUAAUGGAAAAGCACUUAGCAGAAAUUCUAGGAAACCAAAGGAAAUAUAA